AUGGAAAGUGCGCACAUCCUCAGGCGCAGAAUCAGCCGCAACUUGACACCAAGCGCCACGUCCAGAUGUGCCGUGGACAGUGACAUAAGUCAACAGCUUGUGCAAUCAUUGGAGAAAUACAGACACUUUGCAGAUGACAACAAUGUGACCGAUGCGAUCCAGAGAUUGGGAAGAUCUAAAAGGUUUGCGUCAGUACCCAGAUAUGUGGAGACGCUCGUAGCGACAGACGAAUCCAUGGCACAGUUUCACGGCGAUGACCUAAAGCACUAUAUUUUGACACUCAUGUCAGUGGCUGCGCGACUAUACAAGCAUCCCAGCAUUUUGAACUCAAUCAACAUCGUAGUUGUGAAGAUCAUAGUGAUAACUGAAGAUGACAAAGGGCCUAAGGUGUCCGGGAACGCAGCAAUGACUCUCAGAAACUUUUGCACCUGGCAGAAAAAGAUGAACAAGAACACAGAUAAGCAUGCGGAGUACUGGGACACGGCAAUCUUAUUCACCAGAGAGGACUUGUGCGGAGCAUCCACUUGUGACACUCUGGGAAUGGCUGACGUGGGCACCAUGUGUGACCCCAAGAGGAGCUGCUCUGUGAUCGAGGAUGACGGCCUGCCCUCUGCUUUCACCACAGCUCAUGAACUCGGACACGUGUUCAGCAUGCCACACGACAAUGUGAAAGCCUGUGACGAUGUGUUUGGGAGGCUGCAGGAUAACCACAUGAUGUCUCCUACUCUGAUCCAGAUCAACCGCACCAGCCCCUGGUCUCCCUGCAGCGCCGCCAUUAUCACAGAGUUUUUGGACGGAGGACAUGGAGACUGUUUACUGGACGUGCCACAGAAACCCAUGCUCCUCCCUGAUGUUCUGGCUGGAGUGUCCUACGGUUUAGACCGAAAAUCCAAUGGCCAUCCGGUGUGUAUGACCAGGCACUUCCCCUGGGCAGACGGCACCCACUGCGGGGAGGGGCAGAUCUGCGACCGUGGAAUAUGCACCAACAAAAUUGAUGUCCAAACUGUGAAGGUGGAUGGCCGUUGGGGUAAGUGGGGUGCUUUUGGCCCUUGCUCUCGCACGUGUGGAGCCGGUGUCCAGCUUUCCAAAAGGGAGUGUAGCGACCCAGUGCCAGCGAACGGAGGAAAAUACUGCCAAGGAGUCCGGGUCAAAUACCGCUCCUGCAGCCUGAACCACUGCCCUGACAACGGGAAGACCUUCAGAGAGGAGCAGUGUGAGACCAGUGGGCGCGGUUUUAACACCAACCCUCUCUUUGCCACGGCCGUUUGGGUUCCAAAGUUUUCCGGUGUUUCCGCAAAUGACCGGUGCAAACUCAUCUGCAGAGCUAACGGCACCGGCUAUUUCUACGUCCUCGCACAAAAGGUGGUAGACGGCACCCCCUGCUCCCCCGAUACAACAGGAGUGUGUGUUCAAGGAAAGUGCAUCAAAGCUGGCUGUGACGAAAGAAUUGGUUCAACUAAAAAGUUUGAUAAAUGCGGCGUAUGCGGAGGUGACAACAAAGGCUGCAAGAAAGUGUCAGGACUCUUCACCAAGCCAAUGCAUGGAUACAACUUUGUGGUGAUGCUCCCGGCGGGUGCUGCCAACAUAGAUAUUCGACAGCGAGGUUACAAGGGAAUGACGGGUGAUGACAACUAUCUGGCCAUAAAGAGCAGUAACGGACAGUAUUUGCUGAAUGGGAACUAUGUUGUAUCGUCUGGGGAGCGAGAUAUCAUUAUAAAGAACAGUCUGAUGCGCUACAGCGGCACAUCUGGCUCUUCUGAGACUCUGCAGGCUGUAAAACCUUUAGGAGAAGCUUUAACUGUGGAAGUGCUGUGCGCCGGCAGGAUGACCCCGCCCCGAAUUCGCUACUCCUUCUACCUGCCCCGACUGACUAAAGAGGACAAGGUCUCAAAGAAGGACGCACAUGCAAACUCUCAGAAUAGUGUCCUAGCUGAGGAUGAUGAGAACAGCCUGAAAAAUGCGUAUAAAAAAGAGGAUCCUGGUUUAGGGAAGUGGCUCGCCACAAACUGGGACAAGUGCUCAGUGACCUGUGGAAACGGGCUGCAGAGAAGGUUAGUGCAGUGUCUGCAACCGGACGGAAAACCUGGCUUUGAUUGUGAUCCUACACAAAGACCUACAGCCAUAAGGACCUGUGGAGACCCCUGUCCUGAGUGGAGUAUGGGGAUCUGGUCCCCCUGCUCCAGGACCUGUGGCAAAGGCUUCAAGAGGCGCCCGCUGGUCUGCAGAGCUGAGACCGGACAUCUGCUGCCCCGAGAACACUGCGUUGACCUGCGCAAACCACAGGAGCUGGACUUCUGUUUCCUCAGCCCUUGUUGA